UUACAUUUUACUAAAUUCAGGUGUGUACCUAAUUUACAACUGAUAAUUAAUCAUUUACUACAUUAAUUCGAUACAAGGGAUUUGGUGAAUUGAUAAAGGCACAAUGCCUACUCUAACAUUAAGAUUGAAUUAAUCAAUUCGAUACAAGGGAUUUGGUGAAUUGAUAAAGACAUAAAGCCUACUUUAACAUUAAGAUUGAAUUAAUGAAGUACGAAGUUGGAUUUUUGGGCCUGGUGGCUGAGCCUCCAUGGAUGUUGAGCCUAAAGGAAGGAAUCACUAGACUGUUGGAGCACUCAUCAGGCUCGCGUUAUACUUUUUGGCUAUAAGUAGAAGAAAUGAAGAUAGAAGAACUAUUCUCAAAACUAAUAUUUGACAACCUUUGUCAAGUUUCAUAUAAAUAUUUGUAGACAUAGUUUCAAAACUUUCCUUCAUCGUUCUAUAAAGUAAUGAUCAUCAAAGUAGAGUAGUUUAGUUGCAGAACUCUCAAACAACCUAUCAUAAUUGAAUUAGAUCUCACUUUAGUAAGCAUAUUUUUAAACUCUUUUCUUGAUCGAUAAACAUCUUGAACUUUUUUUCAAGUAGGUUUUCAAAAAAAUAAAGAGUACAAGUAUUAAUUAAAAAACAAAAAUUUCUUCCAACAGAAAUAGUAUCCCAUCAAUACAAUACUUACACUUUUGUUCUCAUUCAUUGACAAAAGCCAAAAGGACAAGAGGCAAAAGCCCCAAAACUUAUUGCAAAAUAUGUGGAAAGGUAGCCCCCGACCAGUCAAGGCUUACUCUACCCUUUUAGUUCAAGCCCAACAAUGUUAAGCCCAACGGUGAAACCGACCGUUUCAAAGAUUCGGCCCACCCAUCCACUCUGGUUCGUUCGUUCACAUAAUCACAUUUGAUUUCACGUUGUUACGACGUUACCCACCAAGCCAGUAGAUACCGGAGUUCCAUAGUUAACGACUUCUUGCAUAUCUCAGCAGCCAAGCCAUAGCCGGCUUGCGGUGUGGCCUUUCAGCACUCGAUCGUCAUCCUCCUCUAUUGUUGAAUCCAUUCCCGAUUGAUAUCUCCUCAUUUUUCAGAAGCGAAUCCCAACCUAACGAUCUCCUUAGCGCCCUCUAAGCCACACUCAUCACGCCCGCUACCUGUUAGAUAAAAGUUCAGAAUGAAAGUUUCUCGACCUCCAAUCUCAGGAUACUGGACGUGAUCGUUAGUCCCAAGAAUACUAGAUACUUGAGGAAGCUUUUCCCCUGUGCAGCUCUUACCGAUCUGGGUAGACUCGGAGAUGAUGUGUGCUUCAACUUGAGGUUGUAUCAUUAUUCUUCAGCAGAAUUCAUGCCUUUCAAAUGGUACGAGAAGGCUUUUGAUGGAUGAACUCAAGCAUUCCAUUCCCCUGAUGUCCUGGAGGCUCCACAUAUGGGCCAUGGAGCCCAUGAGAAUCAUACACGUGGCCAACAAAGGCCCAUGGGAGAGCUCAUUAGUUGGCGCUGCUUACGAAGGAAAGAGUAGUUGUUAGGAUUUGAGGAUUUGUUUGCUUUGAUAUUCUGUUGAUGAUUUAUUAGUUGUAGGAUCUUUCUUAUUGGCGGUUGUUUAGGUGUAGGGAGAUAGAGCUUGCUUGAUUCUCCAAAUCGUAGAGAUCAAUUCUCAACAACUUGUGAAAUUGAUCUUACCUUUAGGAUUUCUCCUCUAUAUAAAGAGCAUUGAAUGAAAUAAGAACCAGCAGAUUAUAAUAAGAAAACAGAGGUUCUAAAAAGGUCGGUUGCCGCCGCAAGUUCCAACAUUUGGUAUCAGAGCCAAUGGCUCCCAAACCCACUGCCGCUGACAAGGACAUAAUUGAUUCCAUCGAAGCUAGCCUUGAAAACCUCCAAGUUGCUGUCCAAACCACCAUCCACGAAGAUGUUCGUCGGGUGGAAGGGACUCUGGCUGAAUUAGGAGGGAGUCUUAAGGUUUUGGAGACGAACUCACCAGCGACCCAAACUAGUGUGGAUGAGAUUCUCCGUCUCCUUCAGCAUCGUCGGGCUCCUGUCACCGAUGCCGAUCGAUCAUGGGCCGGAUCAAGCCUCCAGUUUUGACCGGAAGAAAAACGGGAUGAAGCAGUGAUGAUCGCCGUGAAGAUCGUGAUGAGCGACGCGGGCAUCCUGCAGCAUCGUCCUCUAUUUCCUGCUCGCUACACCAAGUUGGAGUUUCCCAGAUACUCUGGUGCGGAUCUGACUGAGUGGUUCACGAGGGUGUACUAGUUCUUUGUUUACUAAUUUGUCCAAGAAGAUCAUAAGGUCCCGUUGGCUCUUUAUCAUCUGGAAGGCGAGGCCAACCAAUGGUAAUGUUGGUUUGGCAAGUCCUACAUAACCGAUGGCAUUGUCAUCACUUGGAAGAUCUUCGCUAGUGAAAUUUGGACAAGUUUUGGUCUAGCUGAUGAAGACGACGCGGAUGAAGCCCUCACACGCAUCAAGCAAAUCGGAUCAUUGCGGGAUUACCAGCAGGAAUUUGAGCAGAAUGGUAAUAAGGUGGAUGGUUGGACUCAGAAGCCCUUUGUUGGGGCUUUCAUGGGUGGUUUCAAACCUGAGAUUCCCGAUACCUUGCAUCUAUUUCGACCAAACUCGCUCUAGGAAGCGAUCCGCCUUGCGCGAAUUCGUGAAGACAAAAUCUCUUGUAGCCAGCGAACGACCUCUUUCGGAGAGCCGAAAGAGCUGCUGGGAAAUCCCAGACCUUCCCUUGCCAAACGCUUUGAAUGGAAUGAACAAUGUCGUCACAGUUCUGCUGGGUUAUGUUUCAAUUGUGAUAAAAAGUUUAUGCCUAUGCCUGGUCAUUGUUGUAAAGGAUCAACGGUAUUCUUGUGCAGCGGCUUUGAUGAGGACAACAGACUUAGGGACAAGUCCGAUCUUCUUGGGGGAGUUAAUGAUGGAAGAACACAAGCAUUCCAUUCCCCUAAUGUCCUGGAUGCUCCACGUAUUUCCCAUCGAGCCAAUGUGAACCAUACACGUGGCUAAGAAAGGCCCAUGGGAGAGCUCAUUAGUUGUUGCUUCUUACGAAGGAAAGAGUAGUUGUUAGGAUUUGAGGAUUUGUUUGCUAUGAUAUUCUGUUGAAGAUUUAGUAGCUGUAGGAUCUUUCUUUUUGGCGGUUGUUUAGGUGUAGGGAGAUAGAGCUUGCUUGAUUCUCCAAAUCGUAGAGAUAAAGUCUCAACCACUUGUGAACUUGAUCUUACCUUUAGGAUUUCUCCUCUAUAUAAAGAGGAUUGAAUGAAAUAAGAACCAACAGAUUAUAAUAAGAAAACAAAGGUUCUAAACUGACCGGUUCCCGCCGCAAGUUCCAACAUUUGGUAUCAGAGCCAUUGGCUCCCAAACCCACUACCGCUGACGAGGACAUAAUUGAUUCCAUUGAAGCUAGCCUUUAAAACCUCCAAGUUGCUGUCCAAACCACCAUCCACGAAGAUAUUCGCCGGGUGGAAGGGACUGUGGCUGAAUUAGGAGGAAGACUUAAGGUUUUGGAGACGAACUCAGCUGCAUCCCAAACUAGCGUGGAUGAGAUUCUCCAUCUCCUUCAGCAUCGUCGGGCUCCUGCCACCGAUGUCGAUCGAUCGUCAGCCGGACCAAGCCUCCAGUUUUGACCGGAAGAAAGACGGGAUGAAGCCGUGAUGAUCGUUGUGAAGAUCGUGAUGAGUGACGCAUGCAUCGUCUAGAAGAGCAACAUCGUCCUCUGUUUCAUGUUCGCUACAAUGGUGGCCAAUAAGAUCAGAAAGUCCCGUUGGCUGCUUAUCAUCUGGAAGGCGAAGCUGACCAAUGGUGGCAUUGGUUUGGCAAGUCCUACAUAACCGAUGGCGUCGUCAUCACUUGGAAGAUUUUUGCCAAUGAACUUUAGACAAGGUU